UGGCUUUAUCCCUGUAACUCACGUGUUUUACUUGUUCAACGUACAGUUAAUCAUGUUUUAAUUUAUAUUAUACAAUUUAAAUUGGUUAAUUUUAGUUAUAAUUAAUCACAGUUUUUAUUUUCAGUUGUUUUAAACGUGAAUUUUAUCAUCCGCGAUAUGGCUACCGAAGUCGCAGAAGGUAAAGUGGACUUGGUGGCAAAGGAGAUAGAAUUAACGAAGUUGCUGGCAUCUAAUGAUCCCAAAAUAAGAAGUGAUGGUAUCAAAAAAAUUAAGAAACUGUUGCUGGCACAUUCUGGAAACACGAGUGGUGCAUUUGAGUUGAGUGAUUAUAUGAUAAUAUGGAGAGGAUUGUUUUACUUCAUGUGGAUGUCUGAUAAACCAUUGCCUCAAGAAAAUGCUACUGAAAAAAUAAGUAAUCUUUUUCAUAGUUGCACAUCUCAUGAAGGAAAAGUAUUGUUUUUGGAAGCAUUUUUCCUUACCAUUAAAGACGAUUGGAUGUCAAUUAGCCAACAUCGUAUUGAUAAAUUUAUGAUGUUAGUGAGGCGUUGUUUGAGACAAGUACUACAAACUUUUGUUGAUUGUGAUUGGGAUUUGGAUUAUUUGAACAAAUUCAGUGAAGUUCUAUAUAGAGCACUUAAAUCUUUUACACUAAGUUUAAGAAACCAUUUACAAGAAAUUUUUUUGGAAGAACUUGCUAAAGUAAGUAAAGGAAAAGUACCUUCAGAAGCAUUGAUGAUAAUUUUAGAUGCAUUUUUACGUUAUAUUUCUGAACUGAAUGAUUUUUUGUUGAUCAAAGAAGUCAUACAAAAUGUGUUUAGAAAUCUUCUAUCACAGUCACCAGAUUUAGAAAUGUUAGAAGCUAAAUUUGAAGCUUGGAAAAAAAUGGGUAAACCAGGAAACUCAUAUAAUGACUUAGAAUUGGUUGAAGGUGAUAUUGCUGAUGAUGAUUCUAAUGAAAAAUACAAUGGUCCAUUGGAUCCUCGAGCUGGUAAUGUGAAUGUUGAAAUACCUCGUAUAAGGUUUAAUCCUAAAGAUGUAGCAAAACUUUUGAAUAAAUAUGUUACUGAAGUUGACUGUACAAGGAAAUGUUUGAUGGAAAUAAGUAAAUUAUUGAAAUGGUACAAUCGUUUGGGUGAUGGAAUAUUGCCUUAUAAGCCAAAAGACUUGAAAUUAAAAAGUCAAGUAUUAAAACGAAAAAAGAAAAAACACUUAUCUAAAAUGGUCAAAGAAGGUGUUAAAAAAUUAGAAAUGAUUGAUUCUAAGAUUAAAAAAAGUAGCCGUGAAGUUAUUGAUAACCAUAAAAGUAUGAAAGAACUGAAUAAAUUGGGUGAACUCAUUGUUGAACAUGGAAAAAUUGGUAAAUCUGUAUGGAAAGUAAGGAAGUUUGAAGAAAGUGAUGCACUUAAAGAAAAUUUCAGUUUAAAUGGAUCUUGGACUGUAUCAGAAGAAACCAAAAAUAAUGAAGAAAAUAAGUCUCUUGAUGUGAAUAAUGAUGAAGUUCCUCUUUUAGUGCCUAUAGGAUUCAAUGUAGAAGAAACAAAUGAUAAAACACCAACUAAAAUUCAGAACGACACUUCUACACCAAGUUUAAAAGCUUUAACAACUGAUUCGUCUAAAAAAGACAGUAAUUCAAAUAAACGUAAGAAUACAAAGUCUAAAUUUGCUGACGGACCAAACAAUAAUAAUUCACUCAAUAUUAAACUAAAUAAUAGUUUAAACACUAGUCUAAAUAAUAGUUGGUCUGUAUCUAUCAAUAAUGAUGGGUCUGCAUCAAAGAAAACACAAAAUAUGAAUAAAUCUGCUGUAGAAGAGAAACAUACUACUAUUUCUUUAGAUGAACCAGAUACAACUAUUACAAACAUUUCUAGUAAUGUCACCAACAAAAUUAAUACUCCAAAUUCACAAGCAUCAAGUAAUAAAAAAAAAUCUAAAGCUAAUUUAAGCACUGAAAAAAGUAAUAAUCCUGUAAUCCAAAGUCCUGGUUCUAAUGAAAUCAAAAGUAACAAAGUCACACAGUCUAAAAGUCCAAAAACUGGUAAUUGUAGUCCUAGUGAUAUAUUUUUGAAAAAAAUUAAACGACAUUCUGGUGAAAUCAAUGAUGAUUCAAGUUUAAAUGAAAGUUGGAGUGUAUGUAGUGAUGAUAAGUUGACUUCAAAUAAACAGAGUCCAAAGUUGAAGGCCUUUAAUGAAUCCAUUACAUUUGCCAAGAAUAAUAUUCAAAAUGUCAAAUCUCCUGGUAAAAAUGUUUCAUCUAAUAUUUCUAUUAAAUCACCCAAUGCUAUAAACACAAGUCUUAACAGCAGUUGGUCAGUCUCUGUUGAUAAUGAAGGAUCUGCGUCAAAUAAAAAUAAAAAUGUUGGUAAAAAUGAGAAACUUAUUUCUUCAUCUCCUGCAACAACGCCUGAUAAAAAUAUUAAGAGUCCUAAAAGUCCCAAGAGUCCAACCCCAGAACAAAGAGUUUUGAGGCGACGAACAAUAAUAAUUCCCAAGAAAAAACCUGAUACACCAAAUGAGGGAACGCCAAAAAGAAAAGCCGCCAAAAGCAAUUUGGAAAAAAAAGAAUUGUUGAAGCGUAGGAAGACUAUUGCUGGAGAAGAAAUAAGUAUGUUGCGACCUGAAGAAAUUUCUAAUAAAGCUCUUGAAAAAGUGCGAAGUGAGGUUUUUGAGGAUGGGUUUGACUCGCCGAGAAAAAGCUCUAGGCUGUCAAUUAAAACUGACUCCGCAAAAAAAAGAGUUGAAUUUCAGUUAAAGAAUAAUGUUGCGCAAGAAUUUGUGGAGUAUGAGACAACUUUGGUGACAAAACCAGAAAAUCCACACAAUGCUUCUAAACAGCCGGUGCAAAGUGUAUUAAAAUUAACUCCAGAUGUAAACCGUAUUAAUCCGUUUUAUAAGUUCAGCGAAAGUUCUGCUAAAAAAAAAAGUAGAAAAUCUAUAGUUUGAUUUAAAUUAUUCAAUACAUAAAAUUAUAACAUAA